UCAGAUUCGUGGGCAAGCCGUUUAGAUCGGGUUUGUGAAUAACAUGAAAAGAUCCAAUCAAAAAGAAAGAUUUGUUCACGAAUCAAUAACUAAUAUUCAGAGACACCCCCCCAACCCCCCCUCCCCUCCCCCGCGGAGUCAAAACCGAUGCGAGCAGUUUAUUGAACACAGUGAGCGUCUCCUCUGAGCUUCUCGGCUCAGUCGAGAUUAUUCUCCAUCUGGUUAUACCGACGUUGAAAGUAACAACAUGCUGUUUUCGACGAAAGGUGUCAAGUGCAACUAAGAAAAGGUAGAAAUGGCUUGGUUCCACCAGGCUUUAAGAGGCUCGGGCCAACCAGAUGGAUCCAUGAUGCCCCCUACAGUGGAAGAUCUGUCCCAUGCACAGGUCUCCAAACACACCAUUACACAGUUAGGGAUGUCUGAUGGACAAGGUUGGUCAACAUUUCCUCCAGCUUCCAUCACAGACUUUCCGCCUGCUUCAGGAGACAUCGUUCCCCAACGUCUGGAAGCACUAUCCUUCACAUCCCUCAACAUGGGCUCCAGAAAAGACUCUGUGCUGCUGUCUUUCGUGACGCUUCAGGAGCAACGAUGUGUACUAAGUUGGUUUUUAGGGUGGAACACUGUCCAGAAGCAACGCUUUCUGGAAGAUCUGAUUUCUAAGGCUGUGCCUGGAAAGGUGUCCAGUUUAUUAGACCAACUCAACACACUGCAGGUGAAUGAUCGCCCACCUAACAUUUUUGAAUGCCAGUUAAGACUGUGGACUCAGUGGUUUGAUUCAUGGAGUGAAGAGGAGAGGAAUGCCUUUUUGAACAGCUUAGAGGAGAAGGAUCCAGCCUUUGUUGAGUACUUCUAUGCUGGAACAGCAGGCAGAGAUUGAGGCUCUUCGUACAAUUCUUUUUGUUGUUUUUUCACUCUUCAAAAUGAAACUGAAAUCAAGUCACCUAUGGACUACUCUGCUUUUUAAGAUUUUGGAAAGCUAUGCUUGAUGCACAUGGAGUGUUGUUUUCCCUCAAAAUGUUAUGUUUAGAUGCAAAAAAAAAAAAAAAGUGUUAUAAAGUCGUCUUUUUCCCCUAAAGGUUUUUCUAAAAUAAAUGUUUUUUUUUCUUCACUA